GACCAUGCAGCGAGUUACUCACUUGGCCAGAGUCGCGGCGACAGCACGGACGCCGUGACCGAUACGAAGCGACUUACCACUCGGAGCACUUGCCAUUCUUCUAGGGGACGAUGGCCGGAUUCAAACAGUUUUUCAGACGUGUACACGAACAACGCGGUGUCACCACGGACGCCUCGACCGAGUCGUCGUCGUCUGUGUCGUCGACGAUCAAGGUGCCGUCAAUACCAGCCACGACGACGGGCGCCGCAGCAGCAUCCAAGGUGAAGCACCAUGCCUCCCACACCAACCCCGCGUGGGCCAUCCGGACGUUUGAUGAAACCAACAUCGUGGCGAUCCUCCAGCGCCGCGCACGGGACACGCCACACGUCGUCGUGUACACGUUCUUGGACGAUAAGGGCCGAGAGACGAGCACACUCACGUACGCCGAGGUGGACGCGGGCGCCAAGCAAGUCGCCGCGCUCUUGCAGACGCAGCACAAACACAAGUUCCAACCCGGCGACCGCGUCGUUCUGUGCUACCCACCCGGCCACGACUUUACCGUGGCGUUCUGGGGCUGUCUGUACGCUGGCGCGAUUGCCGUCGCCGUGUAUCCGCCGCAUCCACUUUUCCUCCAAAAAGACCUCCCUCGCUUCAACGUAAUGGUCCGCGACACGAACGCACACAUUGUGUUGACCAACUCCAAGUACAGAAACAUGGCCAAGCUCGGCGCGAUCAAGUCGUUCUUAACAAUUGGAAAGAAGCAUGCCUCGCCGGACGCGCCAUCGUCGCCGAGGGGGUCGGGUCGCAAGGACGACCUCACCAAGUGGCCGGAGCACCUCAAAUGGUUCAAAACGGACAAAGUUACCGUGCCCGCAGCCGCAUUCGACGCGUCGUACGUGGCAUCUCUCGACCCGUCCAACGUGGCGUUUUUCCAGUACACGUCUGGGUCGACGGAAGAUCCCCGCGCGGUCAUGGUUACGCACUCCAAUAUCCACGCGCAGGGGCUGCUGUGGGACUGGUGUGCCAGCGGCGACACCGUGCUCGGGUGGCUGCCGCCGUACCACGACAACGGCCUCUUGGCGUUCAACCUGAUGCCAAUUUACGUCGGCAACAAGUCGGUCCAGAUGUCUCCGAUCGCAUUCAUCAAAGACCCGUCGAUUUGGAUGCGCAUGGUGUCCAAGUACAAGGCAGGAUACACAUGCGGCCCCAACUUUGCCUACUUGCUGGCUGCCAAGCGCACGUCCGACGAGGUCGCGGCAUCGCUCGACUUGACGUCGCUGCGGAAUGCCGCGUGCGGGGCAGAGCCGAUCAAGCCCGAGUUCCUCGCGCUGUUUGCCGACAAAUUCAAACGCGCCAACUUUCACGCGGGUCAGUUCAACUGCGCGCUGGGGAUGGCGGAAGCGACCCUGGUCGUGACGGGGUAUCCCGACGCGGACAAGCGGGGACCACCCAAGACGCUCGUCGUGGACCGCACGAUUUUGGAGGAACACCACCGGUUUCAAGUGAUCUCGAACGGCACGUUGGCCGAGCUUGGCGACAAAACGAGCGACGUCCACGGCUCGGCGCAUUUCCGGCAGUGCAUCCACUUCACCGGCCUCGGCUACUUUGGGCGGACGUACGACCUGCGCAUCGUCGACCCAGUCACGCUGGACGAGGUGCCCGAAAGCCACGUCGGUGAGAUUUGGAUUCACGGACCUAGCAUGGCCCAGCAAUACUGGAAUCGUCCUGACCUGACUCGCGAACGCCUCCAUGCGACAUUGCGCGACGACCGCACGACCAACUACGUCCGAACGAACGACCUUGGCGUGGUUUUGGACGGCGAACUCUUUUUUGUCGGGCGCAUGUCUGACAUGAUUGCCAUGGACAACCGAUGGGUGAGCCCCCAGACGAUUGAGGACUCGGUCGAGCGCGCCAGCGACUACAUCCGACCGGGCUGCGUGAGCUGCUUUACGCUGCCAGUGGAAUCGUCUCACGGCAGCACCAGCCACGACCCAGCUCUGAUCAUUGUCGCCGAGCUCAAGCACGACAUGAAGACAGUCACAAACGGCCAGGCGAUCGUCGCGUCCAUCUGCCGCGCCGUGUGGCGCCAGAUCUGGUUCGACAACCACCUUCAGGCUGCGACCAUUGUCCUCAUCCAGCCCAAGUCGGUGCCGAAAACCACGUCCGGCAAGCUCCAGCGAUGGCGCGCGCGGCACAUGUUUACUCACGACCAGCUCCGAGUCCAGUGCGUGUACAACCACUCGGUCGCGACCAAAGUCGACAAAUCCACUCGCACCGUCGCCGAGUGGAACGAAGUGAUGGCGCAAGCCUUCCUGACCACACGAAACUUGAGCCGUGUCGCGCCGGCCGACGACGACAGCCCCACUCGACGUCGGGACGGGUAUGCCGUCGCGGUGUAGUAGCAGAUCUCGUGAUAGGAUGUUAACAUUAUUGACAAGGACGACGGUCCUCCGACACACACGUGCCUUGACGCCAGGCCGCGUACUUUGCGGCGUUGCACGAUCUUCGCCAAGCCACAGAGGGGUUUUCGCUCGGCGCUAACAACGCGAUCGAGGGGAGAAGGGCGGCGACCAACUCACGAGUACGUUGCAGCCGUCGACGCACGCCAAACCAACCAGUCCUUCCCCAAGCAUCGCUAGCGCCCAUCGUCAGCGCUGUCCUUUCGUGUUGGCUGCCAAAGGCGACGCAAAAGGUCUUUCGAUCGUGCAAAGACCAACAAGUGUACAAGAUGACCUUGUGGACACACGUAGCGGCAUCCUAUCGAAAGGUCGCAAGCGCUUUUCAGUCGUCCCAUAGAGUUGCCAGCUCUAGGAACAUUCCAUUAGUUCAUGCCAACGCGCCAGCGGCUCGUUGGCGCCUCGUUGGAUGGUUGGCCGGCCGGCGCAACUCCAACUGGCGUCCUCUGCCUCCAAGACGACA